GCUCUUUUGGUCGAGAAGUGAGUGUGUAGCAGAGAUGUCUGGUCGCGGAAAGGGAGGCAAAGGCUUGGGAAAAGGUGGCGCCAAGAGGCACCGGAAAGUGCUUCGCGAUAACAUUCAGGGCAUCACCAAGCCGGCGAUCCGCCGUCUGGCUCGUCGCGGAGGCGUGAAGCGUAUUUCGGGUCUGAUCUAUGAGGAGACUCGCGGCGUCCUGAAGGUCUUUUUGGAGAACGUGAUCCGGGAUGCCGUGACCUACACCGAGCACGCCAAGAGGAAGACGGUCACCGCCAUGGACGUGGUCUAUGCCUUGAAGCGCCAGGGCCGCACCCUCUACGGCUUCGGCGGCUAAGUUUCUUUGCUGCUAAUUCUGCUCCUAAAAGGUCCUUUUAAGGGCCGCCUCCAUUGUCUAAAAAGGGCUGUCCCACUUCGUGUGUAAAAAACUGCAAAAUACAAAA